AUGGAGGACGGACCAAACUCGCAAGACCGGCCGACGGCGGCGGCGGCGCAGCCUCCCCGGCUCUCUCUGGACGACGCGAUCGAGUACUGCAUCGGCGGUUUCGGAUGGAGGCAGUUCGUACGCGCCACGCUCCCACUCUUCGCAUGGUUCUUCGACGCUCACCAGAUUUUCAUCACCAUCUUUACCGACGCGCCGCCGAAGUGGACCUGCCGGAACUCUACUCUCCACGGCGGCGGCGGCGUCUGUACUGCGGAUUCAAACCCGUGCCAUCUUCCAGAAGGUUCGUGGUCGUGGGAAUUGCCUCCCCACGCGUCCAUCGUGUCCGAGUGGUCGCUCCAGUGCGCCGGAACAAUCAUCUCCGGCCUACCGGCGUCGGCGUUUCUGGUCGGCUCCCUCGUCGGAGGAAUCCUCCUAACCACAAUGGCCGAUUCGUUCCUCGGCCGGAAAAAUUCCCUCGUUCUGAGCUGCCUGUUAAUGUCGACGACGGGGCUUCUGGCGACGGUUUCCCCCAAUAUUUGGGUCUACACCACCGUGAAAUUCUUCAACGGAUUCGGCCACGCCAUGGCCGGAACUUGCGCCCUGGUUCUCGCCAGCGAACUCGUCGCCAGAAAUUGGCGGGAAAAAAUUGGGGUAAUUGGAUUCCUGUCACUCGGAUUAGGGUUUCUGUCGCUUCCGAUCAUCGCCUAUGUGCUUAGAGGAUUUUCAUGGCGGUUGUUGUACAUUUCAGUCAAUGUUCCCUGCGUGAUAUAUUCAUUUCUGGUGUAUUUCGUCGUCGAAGAGUCGCCGCGGUGGCUGUUCGUCACGGGGAGGAAGAAGGAGUUCGCCGGAACCCUAAGGAGGAUGGCGGGGCCGGCGGUGGAGAAGAGCGAAUUAACAGACGAAUUUUUCGAGAAUUGCGUGGAGUGGACGGAGGUGAAGGCGGAGGAGAAUAUUUACACGGCGUUGCGCAGCCUGGUGCGGCGGAAAUGGGCUCUCCGGCGGCUGGCGGUGGUUAUGGCGGUCGGAUUCGGGACCGGCCUGGCGUAUUUCGGAAUGCCGUUAGGGUUGGGUAAUUUGUCGUUUAAUUUGUAUGUUGGUGUCGGUUUGAACGCCGUGUCGGAGAUUGUGGCGUCGCUGGCGACAUUUCUGGUCGUCGGAAAAUUGAAUCGGAAAGUGACGCUGAUGACGCUGACGGCGGCCGGCGGGAGUCUGAGCGUGGCGAGCGUGUUCGUGGGGCGGUGGAAGGGGUUGCAGAUCGGCCUGGAAAUGACGUCAUUCUUCUGCGACUGUACGGCGUUCGAUGUGCUGGUGCUGUACACAAUAGAGCUUUUCCCGACGUGCGUGAGAGGCUCCGCCGUGGCGGUGAUGCACGAGGCGAGUCUGAUCGGCGGUUCGAUUGGACCGGUGCUGGCGGCGGUGGGGAGGAGGAACCACCUCUGGUCUUACGGCGUGUUUGGGGCGACGAUUUUGAUUUGCGGGUUGCCUGUUGUUUGGGUGCCGGAAACGCGCGGGAAAGUGUUGUGCGAUACGUUGGAGGAAGAGGAAAAAUCGGAACGGCCAAACGAUGCCUAA